AUGCCAAUUCGCCUAGAAGGAAGCUGUCAAUGCGGCGGCGUGCAAUUCGCCGUCGACUCCAAGACGCCCGUUCCAUAUCAACUCUGCGCCUGUAGUAUUUGUCGGAAGGUUGGUGGGUAUGGUGGGAGUGUGAAUUUGGGUGGGAUCGCAAAUAGCCUGAAAGUUUCCAAUGGGGAAGAGUUCAUUAAAAAAUACUCAGCAAUCAAAGCACGCGGCACACCUGACGAACAGCGCUGCUCAUCGGAGCGCAACUUCUGCUCGAACUGCAGUACCAUGCUGUGGUUGUGGGAUCAUCACUAUCCCGAAUUGAUUCAUCCGUUCGCGUCUGCAAUUGAUACGGAUUUGCCGGUUCCCAAGGAGAUGGUUUGUGUUAUGGGCGGCUCGAAGCCGGAGUGGGUGCGGUGGCCGGAGGGAGCGAAGAGUACACAUGAGACGUUUGGAGGGGAUAGUCUGGAGGGAUGGCAUAAGAAGCAUGGGUUGUUUUACGACUAG